AGCUUUCUCAUAAUUUCUAUGUUCAGCACGGAGAAAUGCUAUUGUCCUAGGGCUUAUUAUCCGGAGAAGUGCAAUAGACACUAAUUCCGGCUCAAUAGUGUCGAUCAUCAUGGCUCCUCGCUCUCAAUUGGAGAUCGCCACGGCAUCUGUCGAGCGCCUGGUCAAAGAAGAGGCCUCGUACCACCGUGAGCUGCAGCAGCAGACGGAAAGAGUCAAGAAGCUGGAGUCCCAGGAGGGCGGCGAUGACGAAAACAGAGAAUAUACACUGAGGCAGGAGCGUCUGGCUCUCGAAGAAACCAAAAAGGUUCUCCCGACAUUGAAGCAGAAGAUCGAGGAUGCCAUAGCCAAGCUCAAUAGUUUGCUGGUCGAGGAAGGAAAGAAAGGCUCCGAAAGUAAUGUCGAGCAUAUUAAUGCUGCGAAGGAAGCCAUCGCCAAAGCCCGAACAGCGGAGCGGGAGAUCGCCUGAGAUAGCUCAUUUUUCCAUCUACUGGCACAUGUACUUAAUCCACAGCACGAAAAAUUAUUCAAUAAAUUGCCCCUGAGAAAAGCAAAGC